UCCAGUCACAGCUUCUUGAGAAAUCCCAGCAUGUUGAGAAGUUUUCCCACAUAUCCUUUGUCACUGGAAUCACAGCAAGUGCAUUUUUCAGUUUAACGUUUCUGACUUUGAUCCCACCAGACCUAAAAACUAUAACUGUGAUUUAUCCUCUGUCAGAAACCUGGAUUACCAGACCAGUGUCUGGUGGAUAUGUUGAUCCCACGGCUCCCUCUACUGCUCAGGAACCACACACUGCAUCCACCAGUCAACAAAUGGAGAGUCUAGAGCCUUCGUUCCCGUUAUGUGGCCAAUUUAUGGAUGUAAAUGGUUGUACUCUACCAAUCAAAAGCACCUCUACUGAGAACACAAUGGUGCAUGUUCUAACCAGUUAUUUACAUGACAAGAAGUAUCCGACUGACUCAACUGAGACUUUGGUGGAAUAUCUUUCAUCACAGCUCCUCUCAAGAGAUGUUUUAGAGGAGCAUUCUGAGUGGAAUGUGUUUGCAUCCUUGCUGUCUGUCAGCAAGACUUCAGAAAUAAACCAUGUGACAGCUAGUCAACAAGCGGACCUCUCUGUGAUGCUACCUCCUUUAGAAGGCAGCGGUUCCUCCAUAAUAACACACACAUCAUUGACUCUGAGCUCCUCUGACCUUUGUGGAAACUGUGCCACUUCAGAGAAUUCCUUGUUAAUCUGGAAAUCAUUUAUUAGACACAGCCGGAUCACAACAGUGCUUUCUACUCAGCAGAUUCUAUCUUGGAGUAUAUCUAAUGGGAUGCCAACCUCAUUACAAGCUGUAAUUUCCUCAAACAGAAGACAGAGCUCAGUCCAGCCAUCCCGCACUUCAGUUUCCAUCUCAAGUUCCCUCAAUCUUCCACCCAAAGUGUUACAGUCUAUUCCAGCUCUCAUGGCCACUGUUGGCUUCCCUUUCCACUACAUGAUCCCGCCUAAAACCUUUGUGGAUCCAGAGGAUGGUGAGGCGGACACUCUGUCUCUGGAGAUGUGGCUGAUUAAUGGGCCACCUGUCAGUGUGGGUACCUGGCUGGCUCUGGACGGUUUGGAGCUUCAUGGUGUUCCUCUGGAGGUGGACCUGCAGUUUGCUCCUCAGGAUCUGGUCCUGGUGGCCCGGGACAGUCAGGGCCUGAGCACCAGGCUGCCCCUCACUCUGGAUCUGCACCGCAGCCCGAUCGACCCAUGCCAUGUUUUCACCCUAACAGCUCAAUGCAGCCUCCACUCCAUGCUCCGCCAUCGCCACAGAGUGGAGCUGCUACUGAGGAAACUAUCUGGUUUCUUCAACAGCUCCAGCAGCCACCAUCUUUCUGUUGUUUCCAUGACGCCUGGAUCCACUGUGGUGUCUUGGUACAACUACAGCCUGUGUGAAACUGGCAGAACUAGAGUAUCACACUGUCACACUGAUCUAGUACGAAGUAUGUGGUUGGCAAUGAACUCUGCAGAUGGAUCAGUCAACGAUGCAUUUAGAGCAGCAAUGCUUCCAGAGUUCCUUAUUACCAACGUUGGAUCUGUGAGAUUCAGACGAGACUGUUAUCCCACCACUCCCACAUUUGGUAGUUCAACUCCUAGUGUCCAAACAACACUGGAUACAGGUUUAGGCACUAAUACUUCCAUCAGUUCCACCACUAACACUCAUGCCUCUGCAUCUCCAGCUGUCACUGCCACCUCACAACAGACAGACUCGUAUCAAUGGAUGGCCGGCAUGUUGACAGCUCUCCUCAUCGUCUGUCUCCUCAUCCUGAUCGUCCUGCUUGUUGCUGCAGUUCUCUAUUUCUGCAAAGGUCACGCACGGUCGAGAGUAGUUGCCAUCUGGCCUGCAGGCAGGCUGCUCUCGGUUCAAAACAGAGACCUGACAGCCAUACGACCAAGACGGCCUCCAAUAUUCCAGCCUGAGCUUCCUCCUCCUCCACUGAGACUGUGGAUCAACCUUUCAAAUGAGGACGAGUGGCAACUACCAUCAGAUUAUGACAAGAUACUACAGCCACGUCCUCCACGGUAUGACACUUCGAGCGUAUAA